AAAAUAAAUAUAAAAAUAAAAUCCCUAGUUUCGUUUCGUAAAUAGAUGUUCCUCAACCAAACCCUCUUUGCAGGCAAAAGCAAAACCCUAUUCCAAUUCUCCAUUCUCAGUUGGGGAAGGUUUCAACAAUAUGACUACGCCAUUGAUGGCAGGGCUUGCCGUGGCGGCUGCGGCUUAUGCCGGUAGAUAUGGUAUCCAGGCUUGGCAAGCAUUCAAGGCUAGACCUCCUACGAUGCGUAGAUUUUAUGAAGGUGGUUUUCAGGCUACCAUGACUAGGAGGGAAGCAGCGCUUAUACUGGGUGUUAGAGAGCGCACUCCAACAGAUAAGAUUAAAGAAGCACAUAGGAGGGUGAUGGUUGCAAACCAUCCAGAUGCAGGUGGCAGCCAUUACCUUGCAUCCAAAAUUAACGAAGCAAAAGAUGUGUUACUGGGAAAAACCAAGGGCGGUGGUUCAGCAUUUUGAAGCUCAUUUAAGCCCUCCCAUCGAUUAUUUUGACAGUUUAAACCGCGGUCCUCACUAAUAUCAAUUAAAAUUUUUUUUGGUCAUGACCUAAUUACUUCUUGUAGACCCAGUUAUAUAGUUGAGAAAUUUGAACAUAUUUAUCAUUUCUAUCGGGAUGAUAAAGCAUUAAAGCUUCAUUGUACCUAGGCUUUGUGCUAUUGAAGUUGAGAGUUAAGCAAAUAAAUGUUAUU